AAACACAAAGAUAACCAACACAGGCGGGUCUUGAAUUCAUUUCUAUCUCCCUUCGCCACCAAAAGGUGUAUCUGGCCUUCAACUGCCGAGAAAAGAAAUUCCUCUCCUCUAAAGGGCUGAUUCAUAAUACAAUCACAAUGUCUUCGAGAGCCGCCAAAUCGAAAAAGGGUGCGUCUAAAAAGAAAGUGCAGCGUGCGACAUCCAAUGUUUUCGCAAUGUUCGACCAAACGCAGAUUCACGAGUUCAAAGAGGCAUUCAACGUGAUUGAUCAGGACAGAGAUGGAAUCAUCAGCGCCAAAGACCUGACGGAUAUGUUUAAUUCCCUGGGAAGGCCUCAAAAGGAAGACUACAUCGAAGACAUGCUAGGCGAAGCUACGGGGGCCGUCAAUUUUACGAUGUUCAUGACGCUGUUCUCGGAGAACAUGCAUGGGACCGAUCCGGAAGACAUGAUCAAGAGUGCGUUUACUACCUUUGAUCCAAAUGGCAGUGGAAUCAUUAAUGAGGACAGGAUGCGACCACUGUUAAUGAAACUUGGGGACAGGUUUACAGAAGAAGAAUGCGAUGAAAUGUUUACUCAUGCAAAUGUUGAUGACGACGGGAAUUUGAAUUACAACGAAUUCACCAAGAUUAUAAAACAUGGUGAAAAAGACGAUUAGGUGUGUAACUGAGGACUUUCUGAUCGAGAAAAGUCUAAGUAAUCAUUUGUCUUACAUUUCUGUUAGUUCUGAUGAGGCUCACACGGAAAUAAGGUUUAAAAUUUUUCUUUGUUUUCUUUUUUUUCUUUUCAUUUCUUAAGAAUAUCAGAAAUCAUUUAAUGUUCAGCCAAGAGUGAUUGAAGAUUAGGAUGUCUUUUUUAAAUAAGGCUAAUAAAAUGAUGAGAUGAUGAAAUGCAAAAACUUUUGUUGCGGAAUAAAGAUUGUCUGAGUUGCUUUGACCAAAAUUGUGUAAAAAGUUAACACACUAGCUGAACUGUUGAAUCUAUGGGCCAGAUAACUGGAAAUAAAUGCCUGCAUGAGAGUCA